AUGCCGGCCAGCAAGGCGCCGUCGAAGCGAUCUCCCCCGCUUCACGACUCGCUUGCCACGUGUCAAGCGGUCAGCAGUGCGAGACCCGCUCACGAAGAGAAGGAGGAAAGGGACGCGGUGUCGGCUAACGGCCGGCCCCCAGCCGGUCAGCCGGUUAACGUCCGGCAGCCUGACGGCGCGUCGGUGGAGCCGGCGAACGGGACGAGCAACGGCACGGCCUCAGCGAAUGGUGCAGCGACGAGCGGAUGGAGUGGAGAGGAGCUGAUUGGCUACGAAGGGAAAGGCAUGCAGCAGAGACUUCGCGUGGCGGUCGACGUUGAUGAAGUGCUGGGAAGCUUCCUGUCGACGCUGAACCUCUUUUGCGCUGAGAAGUACUCCGUACGACACGAGCUACACGAGUUUUACGUCUACGACUUCAUGAAGGUGUGGAAGUGCUCGCAGGAAGAAGCCAACCACCGUGUGCACGACUUUUUCAAGUCGGCACAUUUCAACGACGGCAUCCCCAUCAUUCCCGGUGCCUUUGACACACUGCGCCGCCUCUCCCACUUCACCGACCUCGUUGUUGUCACGUCGCGGCAGCAUGUGAUUCGCGAGCCCACAUUGGAGUGGUUGGACAACCACUUCCCCGGGGUCUUCUCCUCAGUGCACUUCGGCAAUCACUUCGCACUCGAAGGCACACCCCGACCCAAGUCCGAGAUGUGCCGGGAGCUGGGUGCGGAGGUGCUGAUAGACGACAACCCGCGGUACGCCCUGGAGUGUGCGGAGCACGUCAUCCAGGUGCUGCUCUUACUAUUCACAAACCCAACCCCCCCAUUCCCCCUUCCCCCCUCCUUCCCCCCACUCUACAGGGAGCUGGGUGCGGAGGUGCUGAUAGAUGACAACCCGCGGUACGCCAUGGAGUGUGCGGAGCAUGGCAUCCAGGUGCUGCUCUUUGAUUGGCUGCUGCAGUACCCCUGGAGCAAGACGGCGGGCGGCGGGCCGCACCACGAGCUGAUCGAGAGGGUGCGGGAUUGGGGCGAGGUGGAGGUGGCUGUCAGGCGCAUGGCGGUUGAUAGGGCCAUGCCGUGGAUUAAGGAGGAGAGGAAGAAUGCACACAGAUAA